UCCUCCACCGUCACAGGACCCCCUUCUCCCUUCCAACUCCAGUUCCGACUCUCUCGAUCCCCUUCCCCGCCACCCGUCCCCCGUCGGUUUCUAAAGCUUUCUUGUGCAAAGAGAAGGAGAGGGAUGUCGUUGGGGAAGCGGCCGAGACCUCCGAUGAGGAGGACGACGAGCAUGACGGAGUUCGCGGGGGACGUCCUCGCCGACGUGCGGGUCCCCCAGCCGUCCGAUAAGGAGAGGGCCCUCCACGGCCACGGUCAAGGCCACCAGAGGUACCGGCAGAGCGCGGUGGCAUCGGUGAAGAAGGAUGGAGGAGGGGGAAAGAGGACUUACGGCGGGAGCGCCAGGGCGGAGGGGCUGGAGGCGCGGCACCUCGGAAACAUGGUGCCCCCCGGAUCAGGCAACCGACGGAACUUCGGCGACUUCGGGGUGGUGGAGAUCGCCCCCUUCUUGAAGGCGUGCAGCCUCUGCAAGCGCCGCCUCGGCCCCGGCCGCGACACCUUCAUGUAUAGGGGCGACAUUGCCUUCUGUAGCCUCGAGUGCCGGCAGCAGCAGAUGAAUCUAGAUGAGCGGAAGGAGAAGUGCUCCCUAACUUCCAUGAAGGAAACUCCCCCUCCCACCACCAGCAGCUCCGAGCAGUCUGGUAAUGGUGAAACGGUCGCCGCUGCUUAAGCUCAAUCCCCAUCCUUUCCAAUGGAAUUCAGAAAGCUUGCAGUUAUAUAUAUGUAGUACAUUAAGACAAAGAAAAUAGAUGUAGUUGGGGUUUAUUGGUUUUCAAGCAUCAUUGCUGUUAUCAGAGAACAUGUAUGAAAGAGCUGAUGCAAGGGAUUUGCCAACUUAUAUCUUUUCCUUUUUCUUUUCUUUUUUUUUUUUAAUCUUAUUAAUGAGAAGGAAUUGAUGACCCUGCACAUGUUUGGGGCUCUGUUUGUUCCUGCGGAAUAUAUGUUUACAACUUGUGAAUCAAAUCAAAUGGCUGUGUUUGGCUUA